AUGGCCCACGACGCUGGAUUCGUGGCGUCCGUUCGCCUGCCCCUUGUUCCAAAGCCCCGGGGACGGGGGAGACGACCCAAGCUGGGUGAUCAUCCCGAUGCUAAUCCAGACAGCCCCCAGCCCCAGUCCCAGUCCCAGUCCCCGUCCCCGUCCCCGUCCCCGUCCCCGUCCCCGUCCCAGUCCCCGUCCCGCUCCCACUCCGCACCGUACGAUCGAUCUGGAGGAUCAUAUGGAAAUCCUCUUGUUCCAUCAUCUCCCCCGGCGGGAGUGGAUGGUGCCUACGGAGACGGGAGACGGGAGACGGAGUACGUAGUUAACUCUUUUCUGCAUGACAUCGGGACCCAUGCGUGCUUGAUGAUGCGGAUGCUCAGUUGCGCUGUACUGGUAGGACCACAUGUACAAGUACUAGUAGUCUUCUGGCAGCAGCGACGCGUCAAGAGGGCAAGAGCGGAUGCCCGUAGACAAAGUCCCCGUCGCUUGUUUAGGUCGCUUUGGGGACUAGCAUGGAUCAGGGAUCCGAAGGCUGUACAGUACAUACUUAAGCAAAAGCAGAGGUGGGACGGGCGAGAAGAGUGGAGCCCGCCCGGCCUGGCCACUCACAGCAAUCGGAUCCCCGCGAGCCCAGCCCGGCUAGAUAUCCGGCGCAUCGCUGAUUCGCCGCCAGCAGACCCACUCGCAGCCAGACCCACAACCAGACCCAUCGCCAGACCCAUCGCCAGACCCAUCGCCAGACCCAUGAAAGCCCGCGCCGCGCCCCGCCCCUUGGAAAUCGUUCAGCCCAACCAGCUACGGCUAGUGCCACCCCACGUCCCGGCUCCGACUGACUGUCUGACUCACUCGUCCAGAGACCUGGCUAGCCAACCCGGCCCAACCCAGCGAGCCACCCAGCAAUCCAGCAAUCCAGCAAUCCAGCCUUCCAGGCCACUUCCGCCCGUCUCUUCCGCACCGCACUGCCGUCUCGUCUUGGGAAAGAUACCUCCCCAUCGCAUUAUUGGCAUCGGAAGUCUGGCCGAUCGUCAAUCGCGAAACGCCCGCUGCGUCGGCGCUUGGUCAUCGCUUCCGGCAAGUUGGUUGUCGGAAACUGGCGUGUAUUUUCCACCUCACUCACUACAGCUGUCCCGGCACUCGGGCUGCACGCUCGACCACCAGGAGGCCGGCCAGCAUCCCCAUCUCGACAUUCGAGACCGACGGAAGUUGUCGGAAGUUGUCGGUCAGAGAUCUCUCGACUCGGCCAACAAUUACACCAUGGCAGCCGCGGCAGGGAGAAUGCCGCCGCUGAGGAAGGAUCCAACCAUUGCUGCGUGCACGCGUAUGACCUCGACCGGCAGGAAGCUCACGUACGAGCUGAAGGUGAUCCAACAGCCAGAGCGGGCAAGAGCGUGUGGUUCAGGAGCGAAGUCAUCGGCCGAUAGACGGCCGGUGGACCCGCCACCCGUGGUCGAGCUUCGGAUCUACGAGGGAGACGGCAUUGGCGACGCGAGGCACGAUAUCACCUUCGGCUAUGGGGCCAACUUCUUCCUCUUCGCGACCCUGGAAGUGGCUCGCCCCAUGGCGCAUGGCCGAAUGCCCGUCUCGGGAAUGGCCUACCUCGAUCGACCCAAGGAGGCCGGAUAUUUCAUCUUCCCGGAUCUGUCGGUCCGCCAUGAGGGACGGUACAUACUCAGCUUCAACCUGUACGAAGAGACCAAGGAUGCCAAGGACCGUGACGCGGACCCCAAGGGGUCGAAAGGCGAGGCGGACCCUUCAUUUGACUGGCGCUUGGAAAUCAAGUCGGAUAUGUUCACCGUUUUCAGUGCAAAGAAGUUCCCGGGUCUCGCCGAGAGUACUUCGCUGAGCCGGACCGUGGCCGAGCAGGGGUGCCGAGUGCGGAUUCGUCGCGAUGUUCGCAUGCGACGCCGGGAUGAUAAGGGUGGUAACAACGAUGGUGAGUCUCAAGAUGACGAGUACGCUCGUACUGCGCGGACUGCUCGUGCGGCCGAGCAGGAGGCGUUUGCCCGGUCGAGGUCCAACAGCAUGGAAGGCCGGCAACCCAUUGCACCAUACCACGACGCCCCGCGGUCCAGAUCUCACUCGCCUGCGGACCCCCAAGCGAUCCGUCCUGCCGGUGGCUACCUAGGCGGAUUCGAUCAUCAUCAGAACGGGGCGAGUCAAUUCGCAGCUCCGGCGCCCCAUCCCGCGCCCCCUCCACCGCCGCCCCAACAUCCAGCAUACCCUCCCCAACCGGCGUACCAUCAACAAGGUCCCCUCCAGCACGAUCCGCGCUACCCUGCCCAUCACCCCCCGCCAGGCCAGCAUUACGGGUACGAGCGAAAUCCCUCAGCACCGACUUACGGCGCGGAGCCGUACCGAGACCGAGAGAUGGUGGAACAGCCAGGGUUCAGGAGAGCAUCCGAAGCCAGCCAGCCCCACUACCCGCCAGCACCGUAUCCUCAGCCAAGUGCUCACUAUCACGGGAUCGAUUCAUUCCAGAGUCGUCCUCCGUCUCGCGCAUACGCGCCUCCGACGCCGAGCCCGGCCAUUACUCGCUUACCACCCCUGAGAAAUCUGAACGAGAAGCCCGACGGUUUCCACGCGUCUCCCGCACCACUCUCAGCUCUGAAUCAUUUCUCGCAACCUCCGCCGAGCCCCCGUUCCGACCGGCUACCUUCAUACAGCCUAUACCCUCCUCCACCUGUCCCUCUCGUGCCAGCUAUUGCGGCCUCUCCUGCCCCAGCGGAGCCCCUACACGCGGGCUCAAAGCGUUCGUAUGAUUCUACCUUCAGCUCCUCCGCCAUCACGCAACCGCUGCACAACGGUAUGCGUCCAGGAAGCUCCCACGGGGAAGCUGCGUUCGAUGACGACGACGACGAGGAGGACGAGGAGAUGAACCGGCCCAAGAUGACCUACAAACCGACACGAGGCGCCCCGAGGCAGGACGGUAUAUCCAUCCCACCAUGGAGCUGGAUCCGCAAUCACGAUUCUUGGGUUUGGGGUAUCCUGCUUGCUCCUGCUUCUGCUCCUGCUUCUGCUUCUGCUUCUGGCUCUGCUUCUGGCUCUGCUUCUGGCUCUGGCUCUGGCUCUGGCUCUGGCUCUGGCUCUGGCUCUGCUUCUGGCUCUGGCUCUGAUGCCGCGUCGGAGAUGGGAAGAAUUUUCCUCCUGCGGCUUGUUCGUGCGAGUUGCGAGCAUGGACGAUGCACCCUUCAGGAGGUUCGUUCAGCUCCGCCAAUCUCCACAUUGAUUCAUGAAGAGCUGAUUCGUUCACCGCUUCUUGUUCAUGCAAUCCAUCUGCACUCUGUUCUCUCGUUUUCCCCUCGCCAGUCGGAGGGCAGAAAGGGGAGGAAGAGGAUCGCGGCCCGAAGAAAUCGCGGUCCGGCCGAAGUAAACAAAGAAAACAUCACAAUCCUGACAACCACGACGACCUACGACCCACGGUACACGGACUCGACACAGACACCCACAACAGAAGGAGCCACGGAUGAAAACCCAUCGCUGAGUUAUUUCCGGCAAGAUGGCGUCCCGAUACCAGUUCGAUCCCGAGAUCGAGGUGAACGACACCCGUCCGACUACUCUACGCAUUCGCAACCUCAGUCCCAGUCGAAUUCUGGCAACUCAACCCCCGUCCCGGGCACCAAGCGCUUGUUCAGCAACCGCGAUUCUCGACAGCCCAACGAUCAACAACAACGAGAGACCACCGCGCAGGAUGGAGCAGAGGGCGAGGGAGAAUACCCUUCGGAAAAGAGACACCGCAGCGCUGACUGGCCUCUCGUCAGCGCCAGCCCAAAUGGUGGCCUCACUCCCCGCCCAGCCAGACAACAUCGCAAGAAAUCUCCACCCUCUGGCCGCCGUGCCCGCGCCCCUAUCCCCCCCUCAAAGUUUGUCGAAGGUAGCAUGAACGAUCGUGUUAGCCAAGUUCCACCUGUACCAUAUCUCGGCCCCGCGGAGGAGGAGCUGUUAUCUCAACACAGUGAUGCUGGAUGCGGAGAGGGCAUCCGUGGUCGGAAUACGGCUCGAGGUCGAUUUAUGCACCAUACUCAUUCAUCGAUUUCGGCAUCCUCGAACGUAUCCGACGCUUCGCGGUCCUCAAGCCUAUUCCGCUUUGGCAAAACCAUUGCUGCGAGCUUCAACCCUACCAACUGGAAGUUCUGGACGAAGGAGGAGCAGGCUGCGGAUGACGAGGAAGCGGCCCAGCGCAGAGUCUUGCAGGAGAGACAGAUGAAGGCGGAGAAGAUAUACCAGCAGCUGAAGGAGAGCGGACAUUUCAGGGACUCUGCGUAUGGACCAAGAGCGUUUCCCCCUCCCUCAGCGGAGAAGAGAGGCUCGGCUGCGAAACACGACUCGGGGAUCGAGUUUGGAGAUGUCGACUAUUCGAGUGCGCGAAGCAGUACAUCGAUUGAUGAGAAGAGAAAGGAAGGAGUCUGUGUGCAACCUCCACGCGUGGACCUUCCACCCAAAGAGUUUACCCCAAUGCCAAAUUACACUGCAUCCCUGGCGACACCGAACACAUCGACACCCGGUGGCAAGUCGAUGUUCAACUUCAAGAAACCCUCCCUCUCGAACCUGAAGAAAGCCAGCUUGACCAAUAUCAAGAGUGCGUUCACGGGUGAGAGCACGAGUACUGCGAAUGUCGGUCUGGGCAUUGGUGAACAACAUCAGGCCCGCAGAAUAGCCUCGAGAAAAGACUUGCAGAAGCAGCAGAAGCUGGUGAAGCGUGUUAGCAAUUUGGAGGAGAGGCUCAAGCAGGCGAGACAGCAGCUUGCGGAGGCUCUGCAAGACCCUGUGCCGGAUGAUACGAAUGUGGCUCACGUUUCGCUCGCCAAGCGUUCUUCUCAGGGUUCGUUUGAUUCUCAGACAACCUCUAGGCUUUCUAGGGCCAUAUUUGUGCCGGGUGCUAUGCCGAGCUUGCCUUCUGAGAGAUUGUUGGCCGGGUUCGUAAGCUCCGAAGUGGAAGACGACGAGGACGACGAGCACGAGGAGACGGGUAAUGGGAUUGGACAGGCCGUUACAACGGAUUAUGAGAUGGGCGAUACUCGUCAGGUAUUUUCAUCUGCCAUCAACGAGAAGGUAGAAGCUGGCCAGUACACAUCACACGUCGGAGAUAACCGAGAGACUCGAGCCAUACAUGGCACGGAAGAUCUGGGAACAGCUCAGGAAAAUCCGAGUGUCACUGGCUACUGCGACACGCUCCAAAGCGCCGACGGGACUACUGCAACAAAGCCAGCGUCCUCUACCAUGGAAGUCGAGGAUACCACACCAAAACCUGUGCAACCCGCCGGGGGCCGCUCUAACAAGCGAAAGUCCAAAUCUGAAGAUGACGACUUCAUCCCUCUUGAACCCUCGGACUCGGAGGACAUCGACGACGUAGAAUCAGACAUCAUCUCCGAAGUCUCGUCGAUUUCCAGACCUGCUCAGAAACCCACCAGCUCUACCACUAACCCGAGAGGCACCGGCCCUACCAUCACCCUGACCUACCCCAAGAAGAUACAGAAGACUGUGCCAGGCUCAAAGACUUCUUCGGUUUCUGUACCUACUAAGAAAGCUCCCCACGAUGCUGUACACCCAGGACCUGAAUCUUCGCUCAAGUCUAAGCCCAGAGGCUCAGAGGAUAUACCACCACCGACUCGUACAGCCCCUGCUCCACCUACUCGAACCGCCCCUGCUCCACCAGAUAAGCAGGCCUUGGGACGAAGCCCGUCAAAGAAACCAGUCUACAGCCCCCACCCAUCCAGCCGUGUCUACCAGAGUACCAAACCCGUCGCGGUUCCAUCGACUGGUCGCCAACAAUCCGCAUCCCCACCCCCUUCGUCGGCUUCUUUCACCGGUCCAGGCCUUUUCUACACCAAGCCAUCCCAAAACGUGCCUGGCCACCCGAGGACUCUCAAUGCUCCAAACCUUCCCAAGGCAACAGCCCCCAAGGUAUCUCGCCAGCAAGGUCCCGAGGUUCAGGAGAAGACAAUCAACGGUAUACCACCAUUGCCGCCAAUGCCAAAGUCUGUGAGACUGGCUAGCGGGGAGAUUAUCAACACUGCAGAGCACAUUGCCCCUCGCAAGCCUCAGAAGAAUCGAUCGAAGCCACCUUCUGCUCACAUGAAGUACAGUGCUGAUGGACCUGCUGAGAUCAAGAGUGAAGAGCGUGAGGCGCACAAGGGAGCGAUGGGUUGGAGAGAGCUGAGCCAGAAUCAUAGAAAGUUGAGCCAGAAUGAUCGGAUGGUUAACACGAGAGAUGAGAAACGAGAUGUUUGA